CUCCCCGAGCUUACUGCAGCUGGGACAGCAGACACACGCGGGCCGCGGCACAACCGGAGCCUGAGGCUCUGCCCAGGUCCUGGGGGUAGUGGCGGGUGGGAGCAGGAAAGGCACCAUGUCGCCAGGCUGCCCACGCCUCUGGGUCCUGGUCGUCCUGGGCUCUAGCUGGGCGGGCUGGGGGAGCACGGGGGCUGAAGCCGCGCGGCUGAGGCAGUUCUAUGUGGCUGCUCAGGGCAUCAGCUGGAACUACCACCCUGAGCUCACAAACCACAGUUCAACUCUUUAUGCAACUUCCUUUAAGAAGAUUGUCUACAGAGAGUACGAAGCAUAUUUUCAGAAAGAAAAACCACGAUCUAGAACUUCAGGACUUCUGGGGCCUACUUUAUAUGCUGAAGUUGGAGACACCAUGAGAGUUCACUUCAAAAAUAAGGCAGACAAGCCCUUAAGCAUCCAUCCUCAGGGAAUUAAGUACAAUAAAUUCUCAGAAGGUGCUUCCUACGCUGACCACACAUUCCCUGCCGAGAAGAUGGAUGACGCUGUGGCUCCAGGCCACGAAUAUACCUACGAGUGGACCAUCAGCGAGGACAGUGGGCCCACACGCGAUGACCCGCCAUGCCUCACAUACAUCUACUACUCCUAUGAGAAUCUGAUACAGGACUUCAACUCUGGGCUGAUUGGCCCUCUGCUUAUUUGUAAGAAAGGCACCCUAAGUGAGGACGGGAUGCAGAAGAUGUUCGACAAGCAGCAUGUGCUGAUGUUUGCUGUGUUUGAUGAAAGCAAGAGCUGGAGCCGGUCGUCGGCCGUCAUGUACACGGUCAACGGCUACGUGAACGGGACCAUGCCAGAUAUAACAGUCUGUGCCCAUGACCAAGUCAGCUGGCAUCUGAUUGCAAUGAGCUCCAGACCAGAACUGUUCUCCAUUCACUUCAAUGGCCAGGUGCUGGAGCAGAACCAUCACAAGAUCUCAGCCAUAACCCUCGUCAGCGCUACAUCCACUACUGCAAACAUGACUAUGGGCCCCGGGGGAAGGUGGACCGUAUCUUCUCUCACCCCUAAACAUUUUCAAGCUGGGAUGCAGGCUUCUGUAGACAUUAAAAACUGCCCAAAGAAAACCAGGAGUCCUAAGACGCUAACUCGUGAGCAGAGGCGGCACAUGAAGAGGUGGGAAUACUUCAUUGCUGCGGAGGAAGUCAUCUGGGACUAUGCACCUGUCAUACCAGCCAACAUGGACAAAAAAUACAGAUCUCUGCAUUUGGAUAAUUUCUCGAACCAAAUUGGAAAACAUUAUAAGAAGGUUGUCUACAGACAGUACGAAGAUGAGUCCUUCACCAAACACCUGGACGAUUCCGACGGCAAACACAACGGGAUCCUGGGCCCUGUUAUCAGAGCCCAGGUCAGAGACACGCUCAAAAUCGUGUUCAAAAAUAUGGCCAGCCGCGCCUACAGCAUUUACCCUCAUGGAGUGACCUUCUCCCCUGUCGAAGAUGAAGGCAACUCUUCCUCCACCUCAGGCAGUAACACCAUGAUCAAAGCAGUUCAACCAGGGGAAACCUAUACCUACAAAUGGAACAUCCUAGAGUCUGAUGAGCCCACAGAUAAUGAUGCCCAGUGCUUAACGAGGCCGUACUACAGCGAUGUGGAUGUCACAAGGGACAUUGCCUCUGGGCUGAUAGGACUACUUCUAAUUUGUAAGAGCAGAUCCCUGGACAAGCGAGGCAUACAGAGGACAGCAGACACAGAACAGCAGGCAGUGUUUGCUGUGUUUGACGAGAACAAGAGCUGGUACAUCGAGGACAACAUCAACAAGUUUUGUGAGAAUCCCGAGAAGGUCAACCGCGAUGACCCCAAGUUUUAUGAAUCAAAUAUCAUGAGCACCAUCAAUGGCUACGUGCCUGAGAGCAUACCCACGCUAGGGUUUUGCUUUGACGACACCGUCCAGUGGCACUUCUGCAGCGUGGGAACCCAGGAUGACGUUUUGACCAUCCACUUCACUGGGCACUCCUUCAUCUAUGGAAAGAGGCAUGAGGACACCUUGCCCCUCUUCCCCAUGAGCGGGGAAUCUGUGACGGUCACCAUGGAUAAUGUUGGAACUUGGAUAUUAACUACCAUGAAUUCUAGUCCAAGAAGUGAACACCUGCGGCUGAGAUUCAGGGAUGUUAAGUGUAUACGGCCUGAUGAUGAGUAUGACUAUGAAAUAUUUGAACUUCCAGCAUCAGCAGCCAUGACUACACGGAAAAUGCGCGAUUUUCCAGAAGACCAAGGUAUAGAGAUUGACGUUGACGAUGAACAGGACAGAUUGGCUUUAGCACUUGGAAUUAGGUCACUCAGAAAUUCAUCCCUGAAUCAGCAGGAAAAUGAGUUCAAUCUUACUGCCCUGGCCCUAGACAACAGCUCUGAACUCCCACCUCCAAAUAUCGAUACAGCUGUCGGUUCAAAUUCCUCUUCCCCAAGUAAUGUUAGCAGGCUCGUUGCCAAUAACCUUGCAGAAACUUACAAAACCCCUCCUGAAACCACCACUGCUGGUCCCCAAGUGGGACACAGCUCAGAAGAGGACUCAGAUCUCAGCCCCCCUACAGCAGAGCACCCCAGCCCUUGCUCUGAGGGCCCUCCAGAGGGUCCUCUACAGUCCACCGUCACAGAGGUAAGCCUGCUUCCUCUUGGUGCAGAAGGAUUUAGAAGUCAAGGACAUGCUAAACCUGAGGGAUUCGGGGCAGGGAGGGACAGACAAGCCGUGCACACAUUCUCCCAGACGGAAGUUCUAGUGCAUAAAACUGGGAGACAUUCAGGCCAAGGCAGCUCUUCUUCCAGAACGGGGUCCUGGGAGGACCUUCCCAGUGAUCUGUUACUCUUGAAACAAGAGACUCCAUCUAAGAUUUUGAAUGGGAAAUGGCAUUUGGUUUCUGAAAAGGGUAGUUAUGAGGUAGUCCCAGAGGCUGAUAAAGACAGGGCUGUUAAUAACCUGCGGCCCAGCCCCCAGAACGCAUCAGGGACCUGGGUGGGGAGCACCCCUCUUCCAAACAAGCAUGGAAAGCUGACAGGCCACCCAAAGUUUUCUGGAAUUAGACGUAAAUAUCCACAAGUCAGACAAGAUGGAGGAAAGAGCAGAUCGAAGAACAGCACUGCUUUAAUUCGGACACGAAGAAGGAAGUUUGCACACCGUUUUCUUUUCUCUCCAAGGAGCUUUCACCCGCUAAAAGGAGAGGCCAACAGCACAUUUCCAGACUCACAUCACAAGUCCAAUGAAACGUCUCUCCCCACAAACCUCAGCCAGGCAUUCUCCUCUACAAACCUUAGCCUCAAUGCCUCACUUCCUGACCGUCACUGGAAUCUCCCAAACAACACUGGUCAGACAAGCUUCUUGCUGGAUAUUUAUCAGACAGUGCCCCCAGAAGGGCGCUACCAAAUGUUCCCUCUUCAAGACUCUGACCAAAUGCACUUCACUGCAAACCCCAGUCACAAACCUUCUCCAGAGCCUGGCCAGGUGUUCAACCAUGAUCUAAGCACUCAGUCCUUCCCUACUGACACUGGACAAAUGUUCCCUUCCUUAGAGCCCGAAGUCUGGUGGACAACCAUUUCUCCAGACCUGAGUCAACCACCCCUCACUCCAGAAUCCAGUCAGACAAACCUUUCCCCAGAGGUCAGCCUGAAGACUCUCUCUCCAGACCUCAACCAGAUAACCCUCUCCCCGGACCUCGGCCAGGAAGCCACCUCCCCGGACCUCGGCCGGGGGUCCCUCACCCCGGACCUCGGCCAGGUGACCCUCCCCCCGGACCUCGGCCAGGAGGCCGUCUCCCCGGACCUCGGCCAGGGGACCCUCCCCCCGGACCUCGGCCAGGAGGCCGUCUCCCCGGACCUCGGCCAGGGCACCCUCCCCCCGGACCUCGGCCAGGAGGCCGUCUCCCCGGACCUCGGCCAGGGCACCCUCCCCCCGGACCUCGGCCAGGAGGCCGUCUCCCCGGACCUCGGCCAGGGGACCCUCCCCCCGGACCUCGGCCAGGAGGCCGUCUCCCCGGACCUCGGCCAGGGCACCCUCCCCCCGGACCUCGGCCAGGAGGCCGUCUCCCCGGACCUCGGCCAGGGGACCCUCCCCCCGGACCUGGGCCAGGAGGCCGUCUCCCCGGACCUCGGCCAGGGCACCCUCCCCCCGGACCUCGGCCAGGAGGCCGUCUCCCCGGACCUCGGCCAGGGCACCCUCCCCCCGGACCUCGGCCAGGAGGCCGUCUCCCCGGACCUCGGCCAGGGGACCCUCCCCCCGGACCUCGGCCAGGGGUCUCUCCCCCCGGACCUCGGCCAGGAGGCCGUCUCCCCAGACCUCGGCCAGGGGACCCUCUCCCCGGACCUCGGCCAGGGGACCCUCUCCCCGGACCUCGGCCAGGGGUCUCUCUCCCCGGACCUCGGCCAGGGGACCCUCUCCCCGGACCUCGGCCAGGGGACCCUCUCCCCGGACCUCAGCCAGACAACCCUUCCUCCUGCUCUCAGGCAAACAUCACCUCCUCUAGACCUUGAUCAGAUAUCCUACACUUCUGAAUCUAAUCAGACUUUACCUUAUUCAGACCUUGGUCAGAUGCCAGCUCCUCAACCGUCUCCUCCACUAAAUGACACUUUUAUAAGAAAGGAAUUUAAUGUACCAGUUGUGCUUGGCUUCAGUGGAGAUGAUGGAGAUUACAUCGAGAUCAUACCGGGCGGGAAUGAAAAGAGCAGUGAGGAAGAAUUGCAUGAAUAUGAUCACGUAGCCUACGAUGACCCUUACCAAACCGAUGUGCGGACAGAUGUGAACUCCUCCAGAAACCCUGACAGCAUCGCAGAGUGGUACCUCCGCAGCAACAAUGGAAACAGGAAAUACUAUUAUAUAGCUGCUGAAGAAAUAUCCUGGGAUUAUUCAAAAUCCGCACAAAGUAAAAUGGAUAACGGUGAUGUUCCAGGAGGCACCACAUACAAGAAAGUAGUUUUUCGAAAGUAUUUCGAUAGCACUUUCACCAAUCGCGACCCCCGGGGGGAGUAUGAAGAGCACCUUGGCAUCCUUGGCCCUGUUAUUAGAGCUGAAGUGGAUGAUGUUAUCCAGGUUCAUUUUAAAAAUUUAGCAUCCAGACCAUACUCUCUUCAUGCCCAUGGGCUUGCCUAUGAAAAAUCAUCAGAGGGAAAGACUUACGAAGAUGAAUCUCCCGAAUGGUUCAAGGAAGACAACGCUAUUCAGCCAAACAGGAGUUACACAUACGUUUGGCACGCCACUGGGAGAUCGGGGCCAGAAAACCCCGGCUCCGCCUGUCGGGCGUGGGCCUACUACUCUGCAGUGAACCCGGAAAAAGACAUCCAUUCGGGCUUGAUAGGUCCCCUUCUGAUCUGCCGAAAAGGAACACUUCAUAAGGAGAGCAAGAUGCCUAUGGACAUGAGAGAGUUUGUCUUACUCUUUAUGGUCUUUGAUGAAAAGAAGAGCUGGUAUUAUGACAGGAAACUCCAAAGGUCCUGGAGACACACAUCCUCUGAAGUCAAACACUCCCAUCAGUUUCAUGCCAUCAACGGGAUGAUCUACAACUUGCCCGGCCUGAUAAUGUACGAGCAGGAGUGGGUGAGGUUGCACCUGCUGAACUUGGGUGGCUCCCGAGACAUCCACGUGGUCCACUUCCAUGGCCAGACAUUGCUGGAAAAUGGCACUCAACAGCACCAGUUAGGGGUCUGGCCCCUUCUUCCUGGUUCAUUUAAAACUCUUGAAAUGAAGGCAUCAACGCCUGGCUGGUGGCUCCUAGACACAGAGGUUGGAGAAAACCAAAGAGCAGGGAUGCAAACGCGAUUUAUCAUCAUAGACAGAGAAUGUAAGAUGCCAAUGGGGCUGAGUACAGGCAUCGUAGCGGACAGACAGAUCAAGGCGCCUGAGUUUCUGGAUCAUUGGGAGCCCAAAUUAGCAAGAUUAAACAAUGGUGGAUCAUACAAUGCUUGGAUGACAGCAAAAAUGACAGAAUUUGACUCUAAACCUUGGAUCCAGGUGGACAUGGAACGGGAAGUCCUGUUCACAGGGAUCCAGUCCCAAGGUGCCAAACACUACCUGAAGUCCUACUACGUCACUGAGUUCCAAGUGGCUUACAGCUCCGACCAGACCAACUGGCGGAUUUUCAAAGGGAACAGCACAAAGCACGUGAUGUAUUUUGAUGGCAAUUCAGACUCCUCCACAGUAAAAGAAAACCAGUUUGACCCACCAAUCAUGGCUCGCUACGUCCGGGUCUACCCAACGCGAUCCUACAACAAGCCUGCUCUCCGGCUGGAGCUGCAGGGCUGUGAGACUAACGGAUGCUCCACACCGCUGGGUAUGGAAAGCGGAAAGAUAGAAAACUCGCAGAUCACAGCUUCCUCGUUUAAGAAGUCUUGGUGGGGAGGUACCUGGGAACCCUCCCUUGGCCGUCUGAAUGCCCAGGGCCGUGUGAAUGCCUGGCAAGCCAAGGCAAACAACAACAAACAAUGGUUACAAGUUGAUCUGCUCAAAAUCAAGAAGAUAACCGCGAUCGUCACCCAGGGUUGCAAGUCCUUCUCCACUGAAAUGUACGUGAAGAGCUAUGCCAUCUACUACAGCGACCAGGGCGAGGAAUGGAAGCCCUACAGGCAGAAGUCCUCCAUGGUGGACAAGAUUUUUGAAGGAAACAGUAAUAUCAAAGGACAUGUGAAGAACUUUUUCAACCCACCAAUCAUUUCCAGAUUUAUCCGUAUCAUUCCGAAAACGUGGAAUCAAAGUAUUGCACUUCGCCUGGAACUCUUCGGCUGUGAUAUUAACUAGACUUGAAUGUUCAGAGACAGGAAGGACUCUUAAAGAUAUCAAGCUAUUUUGAGUAGGCAUUGUAUUUUAUAGCUAUGUUAAAUUCUCUAUUAGAGAAUACAGUUUUAUGUAUGAAACUUUUAUAAUGUAACUCCUUGCUACCUUUAAGUGAGAUGAUGGCUAUUAUUUUUGCAUUAUUUUGAAUAUAAGUGGGAAAAUAUCAAGAACCAAUAAGAAAAUGGCUUAUCUUUCACAAUGAUUAAUAUGCUAUAUAAAGUAAUAUUCAUAUAGUUAACAUGCUUCACGAUAGUUCUUUUAAACCAUAAACACAUCUUUUAAAACAUAAACACAUUAAUAAAAGAGAUGUUUCUUAAAACCAUUUCUAGACCUGGGUAACUGUUACUCCGAUUUUUUUUUUCAAAAAAGAAAUUAUGAUUUAAAAGUAAAGGAAACAAACAAGAUUUUUAAGUGGUUGACUGUUCUUGCCAGUGGAGACAAAAGAAAUCUUAUCAUAUGAAAGGAUAAGUGUUUACACUACCCUGUCUUAGCUACACGACAGUGAUUUUCUGACCAUCCAUGAGAAAAAGCACAAGCAAGAAUAUUUUCAGAGGUCCCACUGGCCUCAUAAACCUGACUGGUCUUGCUUGGGAUGGAUGACACAAUAUUGAUGUUCAGUAUUAGGGGUCAUUAGACGCAGAGCAGAAUCCAAAUAACCAUGGGAGAACGGCACACAGAACCUUGGCUUCACUCGAGCUCACACUACUUGGCACACUGUUCCAAAACACAGGUCGCCUGGGGGAAAGCUGGUGACUGCGAAGCCAGCGCGGGGGCUGUUGUCCCAAACGCAGCUGUGCUGGCCAGGAGGGGCCCCUGGCCAGCUGACUGCUCUGUGGUCACUCUCCUGAAAUUCCCCUUAAUAAUUUCCAACAGUGAGUCUAGCAUAUGCAAUUUGCUAAAGGCUCCACAAAUUACGCAGCUGGUCCUGGGUCCCUCUCCUGCAGAAAUGUGCAGGAUCUCUUCCGAUCCACAGAGAUAUAAUAGAAGCAAGAAAACAUGCCACGUACGAGGGAGGGGAAGAGAUGAGCAUGGAGCAUGAGGUCCAACUUCAUCACCCAGUAUAGCAAAAAAUAAGGCCACAAAGGUUCAACAACCUGCCUGAGGCUAUUGCUUGUUCUCAUCAGAGCCGAAACCAGAAGCAAGGUGAUUAGACGCCCAGCUUCUCCUUCCCACCUGGUUUCUCUUUUCACAAAAUGGAAAUUACAAUGAUUAUGAUUCAUCCUCCCCAAAUAGGUUACCAUGAACAUUAAUUAUAAGAACUAUUAAUCGAUCUUAAAAUUACUUGUUCGGGGCUCAAGGAA